AAGAGAAGAAAAAAAAAAAAAAAAAAAAAAAACCUCAUGAAAAAGCAGAAAAGAUGUCCCUGUAGAAUGGGAACAGAUAUUUACAAAGUGCAGGAGACUGACUCAUCCGAUUACUCUACGUGAUUUGAUUUCUGUUACCUAUUUUACACAGCGGAGAGAUGAUGUUGCGUUUUUAUUCUAACACAUCCCUGAAAGACAUUACCAAGGAUCCUCAAGUGCAAUGAUGUGCACACAACGAACCCACAGAUGCCGAUUAUUUGGGAAUUAAAAUGGGAUACCAGCGCAACUAAUUGUGCCGCAUUGACAAUUUCAAUUGCGUUUUACACUAAAUGACAACACUAUUAUUAGACAGAGGUUACCGCUAUCACAAGACCUACGUGGUGACCACAUCCUUGCCGUGUUUUCUAACAUCUCUGUAAAUUUGAAUUAUCAAUUGAUAGCUCUUUUAAAUUAAAGUAGCCACAGUGAAACCAUCGUGCAUUCAAAGAUCAUACUAAGCAUUUUAAAUGAAACUUAAAUUCUACUUUAUGAUUGUAUUUUGUUCAGAGGCACCUCAGGGCUAUAUUUUAUGUUUAGUUCUUUUAAAAUACAUGUUUGGUUUUUUUAAAAUGUACUUCGAUAACUGUUCAUUCUAACAUCGGGUUUCAUUGUGCCGUUUCUUUUGGACUGAUGUGUUUUUUAAAACUUGAAUGCCCUUAAUAUAUGCGCAGCACUAUAUUGGAUGUACAGUAUUAUUAUCUACCAUACCCUUAAUCUGUCACACCCACCCAGCCACCCCACACACACACACACACACGUUUGGUAAAAGCUCCAAACGACAACUUUUUGAUGGCUGUCUUGUUGAGAAGAUGGAGAGGUUUGCUGGUGCUAAACCUAAUGUUAGUGACUGGUUUUAUGAUUUUUUGGACCAAAUGCAAGUCAAAAAGCAUCAUAAACACAGAGCAAGUGGUAUCGGUGCAAACCAGAAAGGAUUCCAACCUCACAAGCCAGGAUUCUAGAGCCAGUCAGGAAACAGUACUGAAGAGGCUCUCCUUUCUGGAAGAGGUGGUCUACAGGCAACUCAAUGGUCUUUCCAAGUCUCUGGGGCUGAUUGAAGGUUAUGGCGGGCGCGGUAAAGGAGGAUUGUCUGCAACCCUGAGUCCCAAUGAGCAGGUUAAAGCCAAAGACCUUGGAGAGAAGUAUGGGUACAACGCUUAUCUCAGCCAGAAGAUUUCAUUGGAUAGAUCCAUUCCAGACUUCCGUCCAAGCAAGUGCAAAGAGCUGACCUACCGUAAGGACCUCCCUCAGAUCUCCCUGAUCUUCAUCUUUGUGAACGAAGCCCUGUCUGUGAUUCUGCGCUCGGUGCACUCCGCAGUCAACCACACGCCAGCGCACCUCCUGAAGGAGAUCAUUCUUGUGGAUGACAACAGUGACGAUGACCAGCUGAAGGGACCCCUAGAGGAAUACGUCAACAAGCGCUACCCCGGCCUGGUGAAAAUUGUCCGCAAUAAGAAAAGGGAAGGGCUGAUCCGGGCCCGGAUUGAAGGGUGGAAGGCUGCCACUGGGGAGGUCACAGGGUUUUUUGACGCCCAUGUAGAGUUUACACCUUCAUGGGCUGAACCAGUUCUGUCGAGAAUUAAAGAGAAUCGAAAACGCAUCAUUCUUCCCUCCAUCGAUAACAUCAAACAGGACACGUUUGAGCUGGUGCGGUAUGAAAACUCUGGCCACGGCUACAACUGGGAACUGUGGUGCAUGUACAUCAGCCCCCCCAAGGAGUGGUGGGACGCGGGGGAUGCUUCUGCACCAAUCAGGUUGGUUCAACAAUGCUUCAUCCAGAAUAUAUCAGAUAUUAUCGACAUUGGAGAUAUCUCACAGAGAGUAGCUCUAAGAAAAAGCAUGAACUGUAAAAGUUUCCAGUGGUACCUGGACAACGUGUACCCAGAGAUGAGAACCUACAACAACACCCUCUUCUAUGGGGAACUGCGCAAUAAUAAAGCCAGCAACCUGUGCAUUGAUCAGGGAGAGAAAGAGAACCACACAGCUAUUCUCUACCCUUGUCACGGAUGGGCUCCGCAGCUUGCAAGAUACACAAAAGAAGGAUUCCUGUACCUGGGCUCAUUGGGAAGUACAAAACUGUCUGAAGAUACACGAUGCCUUGUCGAUGAUAAGCACAGCAGGUUCCCGCAGCUUCUAAAUUGUGAGAAGAUCACCAAUGUCCGCCAGAAGAGCUGGCAUUUUUCCCAGAGUGAUUCGAUUGUUAAUGUGGACACUGGGCGAUGUUUGGAGGUAAUUCCUAAGAAAGACGGAUUUGGUUUUGAGCUUCUACUGCAGAGCUGCACAGGUCAAAAGUGGAACAUUAAACACAGCAUCAAACAAGGGCAAUAGUUUCUCGACAACAUCCGUAUCCCAUAUUAGCUUGAUUUUAUUUUUGUAAUAUGCAGGGCUGUGGUCAGUUCCUGUCUUUCAAUCCAAUUCCAUUUCCAAUUUCUAUUUAAAAUCAAUUCUCAAUUCCAGUUCCCAUUUAAUCAAUACCAACACAUUGAUCAAAAUUGCAAUCAGCAGUAUUCUGUUAAAACUAGCUACUCACAGUGGCAACAAACAACUUACAUUAAAGUCACUGUUAGUCACUUAAAUUGGCUUCACUUGAAAGCAGUUGAACAAAGACAACAAUUACUAUGUCUCUAAAAUAUCAAUUCCCCAUUCCUUCAAAGGAAUGGGGAAUUGAUUUUAAAAAGGAAUUGGAAUUGAAAAACAGGAAUUGACCCCGACCAUGGAAAUAUGUCAGAGCAUGGGGACGUCCGACUGUUUUUAUUUUUUCUGUUUGUUUUGUUUUGUUUUUUCUAAUUGGCAGACUUUAUAGGAGUAAUUGGGAGUAUUUAAGUAUGAAUGCAGAAUCAGGAAGUGGGCAUUUUAUAUGUAGGGAUACUGUAUUCACUGUGUUUAUGAACUGGGAUGUAUAGGCAAUUGCACUUUGAUUAAUACGUAUGCAUAUAUGGAAUAUGAAGCUGUAAAUGUUUAUCAAGUAGGAUAAAAAAAAAAAAAGACUUGAAAAAUGACAAUGAAAUGCCCCCUUUAUUCUUGAAGCUAACAGUUCCACCCUCGGAUUAUAUGAUAAUUAUGUUUUUUUUUUUUUUUUUUUUGUUAGUUGUAAACCUGAAAACAGUAAUGUGCUGUUUGAUCUCCUGGUUGCACAGUUAUGCUACAGAUCCGACAGUGUGAGAGAAAAAAAAAAAGACUGUAGUCAGAAAUACAUCACAUAUACUAACAAACUGUUGGGUUUUAUUUUGCAUACGGGACAUGGAAAAUAAAGUUCAUUUUCUGUGUCCUACAUUCCCCUAAGUUGUGGCACUCUAAAGGCCUGUUCACAUGGGCAACAAGAGGAACACAUCUGCUGCCUGCGUGUUGCCUUGCAGUUUGCUGUGGUCACACGGGAGACAAAUCUGCAGUUGACAAGUUGGCAACACACAGACUACAACGUAAUACAACCCAAUCAUAAUGCACGCUAUGAAAAAGACUAUGAAAAAUGUACUUACUUUAACAAACCUGUAGUUUCUUCUUAAUUAAAUAAAAGUUGUACAUUAGUAGAAUUAUUUAGUCUACAUAUUUAAUAUGCCAAACAUAAUAAAUAUAUCAGUAUUCAUUAUCCUAAACAUGUUUUCAAUGCUGUACUUUUAAUUCUAGGCCUGAGAGCAAGACCUGAGAUUUUUUAAAAAACUUCACUUUGCUUACUGUUAAAAUGAAAGAUGUUAUGAUUUCAGCUUAAUGUAGGAAUGACAGGCAUACUGCACACACGCCAAAUUAAUUUAAAAUAAAAACAUAUUUUUAAAAAUACAAUAUACAUGUAUUUUAUUAUUGUAGCAUUGUAUCCAUAACUUAAAUAUGUUAUUGUAAUCGUGGACAUUAACAUUCACUUAUCCACAUACACACUGUAUUGCAUAUCUAUAAUGCAGCAAUCAGAAUGUAUCAUAUACACUGUCUGUCUGACGUUAUGGUCUAGCCUUAUCGUCAUGUGACACUACUUUGAAACUUGAUUGGCUGGUAUUGAAAACGAUGCCUGUGUGUUGCCUGAAAAAUAGAACAUCGUCCUAAGUGGGAGACAUGUCGCCGGGGUGGUCACACAAGCCAGCAGCAUCUGUCGCACCCUUGUUGCCUUAACAGUGUAGCCAGGCCUUAACAUUCUGUUUUUGAACACUUGAAUCAAUUAAUUUUGAUGCUGUCUGACUGUCCAACAAUGAAGAAUGAAGGAUUUAAAUACAGAUCUGCAAUAACUGCACAAGACUCCUGCCCUGUUAAGCACAGUGCUAUUUUAACCAGCACUGGUCGCCAUUGAUUUGUGAGUUGAAGGAAGCAUGAAAUGUUACCGGUCCCUAAUAUCAAAGGCAAAGGCUGUUAUAUUCUGGAGUCGUUUCUGAUUUGAUUGCCAAUCUAAACUACAAAGUGAUGUUUAAAUAAGGAAACAGAAUGUGUCCUCUGGUCAGGGUUUGAAUUCUAAUGCAUUCAUGUUGGAAACGCAUACUGUAAAAAAAAUGUUUAAUAGGUUUCAGGUCUGUUAGUCUGUCUUAUAAUAAAUAAAUGGUGUUGGAAACAGG